CCAAUAUUAUUGUCGAAUCAAUUUUAUGCAAAUUUUGAAAACCAUCAUAUAAAAAAAUUAAAAUAAUAGAGAAUGAUUAGGUGCAAGCAUAAUUCAAUACCUUAAAGAAAGUGGCCUUCACGCCGGAGCACAAAUUUGAGAUUACGAGUCAUUGACAUGUAGUUUAGUAGCCUACACGUCCAUCGAAACCCACACUUAAAAAAUUUUAGCACACAAAAACAGCCCAUAUAAAAACCAUUCAAUCCAAUCUACCUUCAUCCCAGAAUUCACAAAGCUUUCAUCUCCUGAAUUCCAAACCCAGAGAAAAAUGGCAAGCAACAAUUUCAGAAUCAUUGUCUCAUCGCUCUUGCUCUUGUCAUUGGUCUUUCCUUCCAUGGCUGGUAAUGAAAAUACACCAGCAGUUGGGAAGACAGUUGAUGUAGUUGUUGAAGGCAUGGUGUAUUGCCAGAGCUGUAAGCAUUAUGGAACAUGGUCUUUGUCAGAGGCUGAGCCGAUUGCUUCAGCAAAAGUUAGUGUUGUCUGCAAAAACGAAAAGGAUCAAGUCAGCUACUACAAAGCUUUUCAAACGAAUGACAAUGGCUACUUCUACGCACAACUUGCAGGAUUCAAGAUGAACAACUAUUUGGUGGAGCAUCCCCUUCAAUCAUGCACUGUUAAGCUUGUGUCAUCUCCUCUUGAAAAUUGCAGCCUCCUAUCCAAUGUUAACUAUGGAAUGUACGGCGCCCCACUCCAAUAUGAAGGGAAGAGAUUGUUCGGAAAGAGUUAUGAGGCUGUGAUCUAUGCUGCAGGCCCCUUGGCUUUCCGUCCAUCAAAUUGCCCUACCAGAGCUUAAUGACUUACUACCAGUUUACAAUGAACCUUGACUAAUCUUUGCUUCAGUUUUAUUUCUUGUUGUGUUGCUUAAUUUGCCAAUUUAAUGGUGCCUAAUAAUUUUUUUAAAGUUAAUUCUGCUUUUAUGCAGAAUUGUUUCUUUCAAAGCCUCACUUCCUUGACUUGCUUAUAAGAUAAUAAGUU